UGGCCCGAUCACAAAGCACUCGCUUUCGUUUGUCAACUACGAUGUCCUACUCUCUCUACGACGCGACCGUCGUGAUGGCAAAGGGUGCCCUCAAGUCCCUCGACAGAAUGCUCAGCGAAGCCGAGAAGCACCCAAACUCGGCCACGUUCCUUACUGCGCGCCUGAUCGAAGACAUGAAGCCCCUGACCUUUCAGGUGCACUAUGCCACCUUUCAGGCAGAGGCGAUGGCGGCCAAGUUGUCCGGACAGGAGUACGCCGCGCCAGAGGAGGAUCUCGAUAGCUAUGAGAAGAUACAUGCGCGCAUCCAGCAGGCCCAAAAUGCUCUCGAUACGACCGACAAGGACACAGUCAAUAGGCUGGGCGAGACGACGACCUCCUUCGUCCGACGCGAGGAGCCCAUACAAGUCCCCGUCAAGGCACUCGUUGGACUGCUGAAUAUGCCCAACGUCUACUUCCAUGUGACAAUGGCCUACGCGAUCCUGAGGAAGGAGGGCGUGCCACUAGGGAAGAGAGACUGGAGCCGAGGUUUCGUCAGUGAUUACAUUUGAGCCUCUUUCUCGCAGAAUGAGACUGCAGACAUAAGUUCUUCUCGUGCGGAUUUGCACGCGUCAGACCUGGGACCGUGCGAGUGAAUUGGCAACCAUCUGACAAGUAGUAUCGACAUACAUCAUCUAUCUCGCCAAUGCAUGCCGACGCUGAACAGUCUGACAAGGCACACUAGAUCGCAACACGUUCUAGCUGUUCGAGCGAUGGCAACACUUUCUAGCAGUCCGAGAUCUGCCGAACCUUUGAACCACUUGCAUACAUAAAAAAAAAACAUUUCUCGGUCAUAGAUCAUUCGUUGGGGCCUUCAGAAGCUGGGAUAUAGUUUGAGCGGAUCUGUGCGAAUGUGUCAAAGAGAAC